AUGGAUAAUUGUAUAAAUUCUUCAUCCAAAGGAGGAAAAUACACAAGAAUGUCAAACGCUUGGUAUGAUAAACUCGAAAUAAUGCAGUUCAAGGCCAUGUUUUACCGUAGAUGGAUCGGAGUUAAAAGAUCUAUUUUUUCUGCCUUAAUAAACAUAUUAGUGACACUUGCAGUAUCAUGCUUAGCCAUUAUAGUUAAGAUUAUGAUGGAUUCUCUCUCACAAGAUGACAUUACUUUGUACAAUUUUAACGCUUUUCCCUUAAAACCUAAAGCUUUAGCGAUCGUUGCCUCAGAUUAUCCAAAUAACUUCACAAAUAAGCCAUUUCAGCGCAAAUACAUAGACGUUAUCGAUGAUUUAUUUUUAUAUGAUACAGGAUAUCAUCCGGAUUUACAUAUUUUCGAGGAUUACGAAGGCGCAAACGAAUAUUUUGUUGAAUGCAAGAAUGAAUCCGUAUUCGUUGCCAUGGGGAUCGGUUUGCCAGAAGAAUUUGAUUUCAAUGGCGGAAAUAACCUUACUAUGUUAUGGAAUGACUCAGUAGAAACGACAAGUAAUUCAAUAUACUUCCCGAACAUGUCAUAUAUCGCUUACACGAACAUCUACAGAAUCGAAAUCGCCAUGUUAUCGCAACGGCAAAAUUUAUCGGAAUUUCCCUUCUCUCAAAUUUCUGACAAUUUAAGUUCAUACAUUCUAAAAGAGUACAAAUCGAUUGGUCUUGAGAAACAUGCAGAUUUUAGCAUGAUUUGGUCACUUCUUAACAAAAUCGCCAGAGAUUAUAUGUUUGCGAUUUUUGCUCCUCUUUUAAUCUCAGCCGGAUUAACAUCAGUGAUUGUUACUAUCAUUGCUGUACCUAUUACCGAUAUACAAGGUCCAAUAAGGAACUACAUGAUCUCAUGUAACUUGAAAAUUUUCCCUUAUUGGUUUGUUUUAUUUGUUUUUGAUUUUUUGUUUUGGAUGAUUGAAAUCACUUUAGUAUGGUUAGUUUUUGUUAUUUGUAGAGUGAAAUUCUUCAAGGAUAAUCUAGGACCAACAUAUUAUUUAUUGUUUAUUUGUGGGUUUAGUUUAUUAUUGUUUAUUUAUGUUAUUUCUUUUUUGUUUAACAGUCCUGAUUCAGCAUCAAGAAAUGCUUUUAUUGGUAAUAUUAUUUUAUUAAUUAUUCCUUUGAUUGUUACUUUAUCUUCUAUUGAUUUUAAUGAUCCUGUUCGCUCAUUUGCGAAAACAGAAAAAUGGGGAUGGUUGUAUUGUUUAUUCCCUCCUUUAUUAUUAGAAGGAUAUUUACAACAAAUGUUUACAACAUACGCUUAUAUAAAUACAGGAUUAGAAGCGUAUUUCGACAAACAAUCUCCUGCGAGACCUUAUUCUAUAUUUGCUUUUGUUGAUAUAAUUAUUUAUUCAUUGAUUUUGUUUCUAAUAGAAAAAUGGAGAAAAUAUGUUCAAAGGAAAUCAGCAAGAAGUAAUUUUGGUGAUUAUCAUGAAUUCUUUGAAACGGAAAAGAGAAAACAUCCUGUAACAGAAGAAACUCAUCAAAUAGAAGAAGAAGUUGAAGUUAAUCAUAAUUACGCAGUAAGAAUACAUAAUGUUUCAAGGAUGUUCUUUAAUACUGAAGGAAAUCCAAUUUCUGCUGUUAAUUGUGUUUCUUUAGGUAUAAAAGAAGGAUCAAUAUUCGGUUUCUUGGGUGCAAAUGGUGCAGGAAAAACAACAUUGAUUAAUAUGAUAGCAUCUAUGUUACCUCCAAGUGAUGGAACAAUCAAAAUUAAUGGAAAAGAUAUAACUGUUGAAAACGAUUCUUCUCUUUUAAGUGUUUGUCCUCAAUUUAAUACUCAUUUGUGCAUGGAUAUGACUAUAUGCGAACAUAUUCAUUUGUAUUCUUUAUUGCAUAAAUUAACUAAAGUUCAAGAAGAAAAUGAAAGAAGGAAUUUGUUAUAUUUACUUGAUAUAGAAGAUAUAAAAGAUAUUCCAAUUAAAAACUUGUCUGAAGGAGAUAUAAGAAAACUAUCAAUCGCAUUAACAUUUCUUGGUGAUGCAAAGAUUAUAUUAUUGGAUGAACCAACAGCAACUUUGGAUCCUGUUUCAAGAAAACAAGUUCAUGAUAUGAUACAGUUUUACAAGGGAAAGAAAACAUUUAUGUUAUGUACUCAUUUGUUGUCUGAAGCUGAAACAUUGUGUGAUACUAUUUCUAUAAUGAUAAGAGGAAAUGUUUAUACGAUUGGUUCUCCACAAUAUUUGCAAUCGAAGUUUGGAACUGAUUAUAAAGUUGAUAUACAAUUGAAUGAUGAAAGUGAAAGGACAUCGAAUUUGGUUGAUAGUUUCUUCGAAAGAGAAAUUCCAAGUGCUGUUUUGUCAAUAAAAAGACCAUCAGCAAGAAUUUACAAUAUUCCUGCUUCAUCAAUUAAAUUGGGAUAUCUUUUCAAGAAAAUGGAAGAAGGAAAAAAGGGUGACAAUGGUUUUAACUAUUUCACUUGUUCAUCUUCUUCUCUGGAAAAGGUUUUCAUGGAAAUUGUGAAGAUUUCGGAAACAGAACAAGAUAAUACAGGAAUCUAA